AUGGAAAACGGAAAGGGAAUAAAAACAGAAGACCCUGAGAUAGAUCAGUACCGUGUUGAUUUUACUUCGCCACCUGAUCCUGACGACCCAAAGUGUUGGCCUGAUACGACUAAAUGGAUCGUCACUGGCGUCUUGUCCGCAACAGGUCUCAACCGUAUCAUGGUCUCAACCAUCAUGGCUCCCGCACUUACCAAUAUAGCAUCCUCUUUGAGUAUGAAUAAUGAAGAAUCAGUCAUGAGCAUGUCGGUGUACCUCCUUGCUACCGCAUUCGGGCCCUUGAUCAUCGGCCCGCUAUCGGAAGUAUACGGCAGAAGCCCUGUACUGCAUGGAACAAAUAUUUGGUUCCUAAUUUGGAAUAUUGUCUGUGGGUUUUCAAACAGCAAAGGGCUACUUAUAGCAUCACGUCUUCUUGCGGGUUUCGGGGCAAGUGCGAUAUAUGCUCUCGCAGGAGGAGUGCUCAGCGACAUAUGGCCCGCCGAACAACGAGGCAGGUCCUUAGGCUUGUAUAUCCUUAUACCAAUGCUAGGUGCUGCAAUUGGCCCCAUUAUUGGUGGUUUUAUCACGGAGGCUACGACCUGGAGGUGGAUAUUUUGGUCAACAUCUGUCCUUCAAGGUCUGAUGGUGGUGGCAUCUCUCUUCGCCUUUCGGGAAACAUAUGCUCCAACUAUACUCCAUAGAAAAGCAAAGCGGCUGAGGAAAUCCACGGGUGAUAGCAGAUACUACACCCAGUUUGAACGGGAUUUUAAUAGUCGCUCGGCAGUAUGGAUCCUUCAAAAAAGCUUGACAAGGCCCAUGCGGCUACUGGCAUUUCAUCCUAUUAUCCAGAUCCAAGCUUGCCUGUCUGGGUUCAAUUAUGGAAUAUUGUAUAUAAUGCUGUCAACAUUUGCUGACCUCUGGACCUCGCAAUACGAAGAAUCAAUUUCAAUCAGUGGGUUGCACUAUAUCUCCAUAUGUUUGGGUGAGGUUGUCGGUGCAUUUGUUAGUGGCCAUGUUAUCGAUACCAUUUUCCGCCGUCUCAAGGACAAAGCUAAGGGUGCUGCUGCACCUGAAUAUAGGGUCCCUGUUAUGAUCCCUUCUGCAAUACUUGCGCCGACAGGCCUUCUUAUCUACGGGUGGACUGCAUAUUCGCAUAGCCACUGGCUUGUUGUGGAUAUCGGUGCCGCCAUUCUAGCCUUUGGUAUGACGUUUGGUGGCCAGGCACUACAGGCUUACGUGAUUGACUCAUACCCAGAUCAUGCGAGUUCGGCAUCUGCGGCAACCCAGUUUCUGCGCAGCCUGACUGCCUUUGGAUUUCCGCUAUUUGCACCGGCAAUGUACACUACGAUGGGAUAUGGUUGGGGGAAUACAUUUUUGGCUUGCCUGUAUAUUGUGAUCGGGAUAUUGGGACCUUUAAUACUUUGGUUCUAUGGGCCUAAGUUACGACAAAAGGCUUCCAGUUUUUGA